AGUCUAGUCUGACAUUAGCCAAAUUUGAUGGCAUCUUAGGGCUUGGCUUGGAAGAACUUUCAGUUGGAAAUUCUGUGCCAGUCAUGGACAAUAUGAUGUAUCAGAGGCUUAUCAAUGAACCAACAGUUUCUUUUUGGCUUAACCGCAAGACAGAAGAAGAGGAGGACGGGGGUGAGAUUGUAUUUGGUGGGGUUGAUCCACGUCAUUACAAGGGCAACCACACAUAUGUGUCUGUGCAACAGACAGGAUAUUGGCAGAUCGAAAUGGAUGAUAUUAUGAUUGGUGGUGAAGAGACUGCAAUAGUAGACUCUGGAACUUCUCUGUUGGCUGGCCCAACGGACAUAAUUACUUCCAUAAAUAAAGCUAUUGGAGCCGCUGGAAUAGUUAACCAGGAAUGCAAGAAUGUGGUUGCUCAAUAUGGACAAACCAUCAUAGAUUUACUCCUAGCUCAGGCUCAGCCAAAGAAAAUCUGUUCGCAGAUUGGAUUGUGCACAUUUGACAGAAUUCGUGGAGUUAGCAUUCAGAGUGUGGUCGAUGAGAGAAAUGACAAGUCAUCAGGCGGUGUUAAUUAUGCUAUGUGCUCUGCGUGUGAUAUGACAGUUAUUUGGAUGCAGAGCCAAUUAAGGCAGAAUCAGACACAAGAUCAUGUAUUAAACUAUGUCAAUGAGCUAUGUGAUCGAAUCCCAAACCCAGCGAGACAAUUAGCUGUUGAUUGUGAAAGAAUCUCAUCAAUGCCUACAAUUUCCUUCAUUAUAGGAGGACGAGUUUUUGAGCUUUCUUCAAAAGAGUAUAUACUGAAGACAGGUUCAGGCCCGCUAGCUCAGUGCUUCAGCGGUUUUAUUGCUGUGGAUUCACAUUCUGCUCAACCUCUUUGGAUAUUAGGAGAUAUAUUCAUGGGACGGUACCACACAGUAUUUGACUAUGAAAAUCUGACAGUUGGAUUUGCAGAGGCAGCAUAAGGGAUGUUUAAAAUGCUUCAUUUCUUGUAAUUGAUGUAGUGUGCAUCAAUGGAACUAGUGUUGAAUUAUAGUGUGUUGGCCUAAAUUUAAAUUAAAAAGUUUGGUUGUAAAAUGGAAAGAUUAGGAUAAUACUCUAUUUUCUAAAAUAA